AUGGCCGAUGGUGAAGAAACCCCACAGAUAGGCGAGUCAGGCGCAGCUGACGUGGAGAUGGAGGCCAUGGAAGAGACACAAGAGGUGGAAGAUGACAAGGCCGCCGGGCGAGGGGAAGACGCAGGCAAUGACACGCAGAUCGCCAAUGGCAAUACCACCAAUCCUCAAACCAUGUUUCUCGAGUACCUCAAGUCACCUAUCGUCCAUCUGAUUGUGGGCACCGGCAAUGAGGAGACUACCUUGACUGCCCACAAAGCCAUCCUCCAAAAGUCGCCUUAUUUCAGCGAGAUACUCUCGAGUCUUGACGACGACUCUCUCAUAGUCGAGCUGCCUGAUGAGUCGCUAGAUGCAGUGGGUUGUUUCCUCCAAUAUCAAUAUACCGGCGAAUACUUCCCUCGACGCCUUGCAGACUCGCCUGACGGCCUGGAACCUGACCCUUCAGUCCCGCCCGUUGACAACACCGGCGAACAGCUUCUCAAACAUGCGCGCGUCUACACGCUGGCUCAGAAGCUUGGGUUGCCUGACCUCAAGACACUAGCGCAUUCAAAGAUACAUCGUAUCAACUCGACCGCUGUGGGGGAGAUCGCAUACGCACGUUAUGUGUAUGGCAACACACCUUCGGACGAUGUCACCAUCCGCAGGCCUGUUGCUGCGUUCUGGGCCACCCGGUCACACGUUUUGCGCCACGAAGCCGAGUACGAAUUCAAGGCAAUGUGUCUGGAGUACCCACAGUUUGGCUUUGACGUUCUGAAUCUGGUGCUGGAUCAGCGGGAGAAGAGAGCGAGAGAGCGAGAAGAGGAGGGCACUCCGGGAGGCACCAAAGGCAGGAAGAGGGCGCGCCCCAGCGUCAACGUUUAA